CGCCCGCUUUCCUCUCCCCAUUUCAGUCGCUUUACACACGCGUCGCCUUCGAUUUUUCACUGCUGCGCUCUGCGACUGCGCAUCAUCCACCGCUACACAACCUUUGCACCCGCAGAUGAAGCUGUAAUCACAGGCCAUGCCCACCGCAAAGCGAGUCAAGAGAAGCGGCCGCCAGGCUGCUGCGCCCGCUGCUGCGCCCGUCGACACCGAGAUCGAGAGACCGACGCCCGCCGAUGUCGAGCAGGAAGAACACCCGUUUGUGCACGUGGCUCGCCAGAAUUGGCUCAAGGCCGGCAAGAAAGGCGGCACCGUCAAGGUCAAGAACGACUUGAUCAAGGGCAACCUCUGGGACGUUGUCGAAAAAGAUAGCUUCUCCAACAAGCCCAUAGCGCUGCUCGAGAGCUUGCAGACGCUAGAAAGCUAUCUUUGGCCCGGAUACACGGAACAGUCGUCCAACUUUCAUGUGCUCCUGAUUGUGUUGAUUGUCAACGCCAAGCGCCGCGAGCAGCUUGCUACAUGGAGCCUCUUUGAAGAUCGCCCCGAUGAAUUCUCGUCCAUGUUCCGCCGCGUCCUCUCCCUCACACUCGACCAGACCCUCUCGACCGCCCUUCGAACACAGCUCCUCAACUUCCUUAUCCACGCCUUUCAGAGCCUCGACUGCGCCAUUGUACGCGUAGAGUGCGCUCCGCUCGUCUCUAUUGCCAUCUGGCACAACAUAUCUACCGAAACUAAGCGCGACAAGCUGCUCAGCCAGACGGCGCACCUGAAGAAGUCAUGGAGAGCAUCACUAAAACGCUUCGAUGCCGCCGACGACGCAACAAAGGCCAGGCUCAAGUUUGAAAGGUCUUGGCUCUACACGCUGCUCCUCGCCUUUCUCAAUAUGUUAUACGAUACCAAUAAGCCCGACGAAGACCUCUACUGCGAACGAUUCGUCGAGUUCGUCUCCGACCUGCUCAGCCAGCUGCCUACUCGUCGAUAUGUCAACUCGCUACUGGCGGAUCUCAACCUGUUGCCGGCCAUGCGCCUGUCUCCUGUGUGCAUCAACCAGGAAUCUGCUCUUCUGCGCGAUCUUUAUACCCUGUUGGCUCACUACGCCAACUUUGCUGUGGACGACCAGACUGGCGCACAGCUGUCAAGGACAGAAGCGUACGAUAGACAUUGUGCCGGUCUGAGCAGGCUUCAGCGUAUUGCUCUCAAGCACUUUAAAGAUAAGCUAAGCGUGCUGGCUCUGUCAAACUAUGGAGCCAUCGAGACGCGCGAACACCUGCAGGGCUUUUUGGACGUGCUGACAGACGACGAGCUACGAAGCUUGGUUGAGCUGGCGGGUCUGCGCGUGUCGUACCCGGAGACCUUGAAGAUGCCUAUCGACCGCAACUUUUUCAUCGAGUGCCUCGUCAGUGCGUUUGAGAGAAGACGGACCUUCCAGGAGCAAGCCGAGAAGAUGGCGAUUCUACCAACCGAGCAGUCGCUAUUUGAUGCUGGCUUCCAGCGGUCAGACAACUACGACGGUUCGCAUCCUCUGGCUCUGCCCAAACUCAAUCUCCAGUACCUGUCGGUAGGCGACUUUUUAUGGCGCACAUUGGUGCUUUACAGAGCCGAAGCCUACUAUGGCAUCAGAAAGGAUGUCGAGACGGCACUACGUCGCCUCCAGCCUGAACUCAAGAGCCCUGGUGUCACACAUUUCAACGGGUUUUCGAAAAUGGCCAUGCCUGUGAGCAAGGCAGCCAUUGUUGAAACCGUACCUGCUUUAGUCGGUAGCCAAGAGCCUUCACUCGUCCGCGCUGAGUUGUCCUUUGACAUUCGCCGUCUUGGAGAGGGUGUCAAGAAGGAGUGGGACUCUCUGCGUUCUGAUGAUGUAGUCUUCUUGCUGGCCAUUGAGCCCCAUGACGCAGAGGCUUUGGCCAAUGGCGACACCGAUCUCACCGAGCUUGAGAAGUUGGGCCUGGUAGCCAUUCGAUCUGCUGAAAUUAUCCAAAUCACUGACGGCAAGGAUCGCCAAGUUCGCGAUGGAGCACACAACCUGGACGGCCGCCGCCGCGUUGAGCUUAAGCUAGACUCGCGUACUUACACACGAGACGCUGCGCUCGCCGCUGCUGGCAAGACAGACGUCUACUCGCGCGUCAACAUCUUGCUGCGCCGUAACCGCCGCGAGAACAACUUCAAGCCGGUGCUUGAAUCCAUCCGCAACCUGGUGCUCUCCGAUGCCCCUCUGCCUACAUGGCUGCAUGAAGUCUUCCUCGGCUACGGCGACCCAGCCGGCGCCAGCUACAAGAACCUGUCAAACAAGGUAAAGACUGUUGAUUACCGCGAUACAUUCCUCGACUGGCAGCAUCUCAUUGAGAGUCUUCCCGGCAAGACGGUCGAGCCGAACGAGACAAUGUCGCAGAGCUUUGGAUCGCCAUACAUCCUAGAGGCGACGGACAAGCCUGCGCCGGCAGCAGCCAAGCCCUCCAAGAAGCGCAGCAGAGAUGCCGAUGCACCGGCCAAGACGGAGAUUGAAACAGUCAAGGUUUCAACCUACAAGCCGCUCAACAAUGGCCCAUACCCCACGGAUGCGUCCAAGCCUAACACGGUUCGCUUCACGCCCGCGCAAGUUGACGCCAUCAUGUCUGGCUCCCAGCCCGGUCUGACGCUUGUCGUGGGACCUCCUGGCACGGGUAAGACGGACGUGGCGACGCAAAUCAUUAGCAACAUUUACCACAACUUCCCCAAGCAAAAGACGCUUUUGAUUGCACACAGCAACCAGGCGCUCAACCAGCUGUUUGCCAAGAUUGUUGCGCUCGACAUUGACGAGCGACACCUGUUGCGCCUGGGUCAUGGUGAAGAAGAGCUGCUUGCUCAGGGCGACUUUAGCAAGCAUGGCCGCGUUGAGUCGUUCCUCGACAACCGCAACCAGUAUCUGCUCGAAGUGCGCAAGCUGGCCGCAAGUUUGGGCGCUCCCGGUGCGCAUGAUAACUCUGCCGAGACAGCGGGCUACUUCAACACAGUCUAUGUCGAGCCCGCGUGGAAAAAGUUCCAUCAAGCCGCACUUGCUGAAGACGCUACAACUGAGACUAUUGUCCAGAAAUUCCCUUUCCAUAGCUACUUUGCCACAGCUCCUCAGCCUCUAUUCCCACAAGACGGCGAUAAGGCGGCAACGCUCGACGUGGCCGAGGGCUGCUACCGCCAUAUCUGCAAGAUCUUCUCGGAACUUGCAGACAUUGUGCCCUUUGAGAUUCUGCGCCGUGAGCGCGACAAGGCAAACUACCUAUUGACCAACGAGGCACGCAUCGUGGCCAUGACAACAACACACGCCGCCAUCCGCCGUGGCGAGAUUACCUCACUGGGCUUCCACUACGACAACGUGAUUAUGGAGGAGGCCGCGCAAAUCACAGAAAUUGAGACCUUUAUCCCUCUCGCCAUGCAGAAGCCUGUCAACGGCCAAUUGCCGCUGCAGCGCAUUGUCCUGUGUGGCGAUCACUUCCAAAACUCGCCCGUGAUCCAAUCUCUUGCGUUCCGACAGUACGCCAAUCUCGAGCAGUCGCUGUUUUCGCGCCUCGUGCGUCUGGGCGUACCCGCCGUAACUCUUGACAUGCAGGGCCGCGCACGCUCAUCGAUUGCCGAGCUCUACCGCUGGCGCUACGCCAAGCUGGAGGACCUGCCCGAGGUGCAGACCGGCGAGCGCUUUGUGCGUGCCAACGCGGGCUUCAAGUUUGACAGCCAGUUCAUCAACGUGCCCAAGUACAACGGCAAGGGCGAGACGGAGCCCUCGCCGCACUUUAUCCAGAACCUAGGCGAGGCCGAGUACGCCGUCGCCAUUUACCAGUACAUGCGGCUGCUGGGAUACCCUGCCAACAAGAUCACCAUCCUGGCGACGUACGCGGGCCAGCGGGCUCUGAUUCGCGAUGUGCUGGCGCAUCGAUGUGCCAAGAAUCCCGUGUUUGGUAUGCCCCGUGCCGUUGCAACGGUUGACAAGUACCAGGGCGAGCAAAACGACUAUGUCAUUUUGUCGCUUACACGUACCUCUCGGGUCGGAUAUCUCCGUGAUAUCCGCCGCAUGACGGUUGCCGUGUCCCGCGCGCGACUCGGCCUGUAUGUGCUGGGCCGCCGCGAGGUCUUUGAGGCGUGCCCGGAGCUACGGCCUGCGUUUGAUGUGCUGCUGGCGCGCCCUGAUAAGCUGACGCUCGUGACGGGCGAGAUGUAUCCUGCCACGAGGGCGUCUGCGGAGGGCGAUGCCCCUGUGGAGGGUGAGGUUGUCAUGGAGGGCGUGGAGCAUCUGGGGCAGUAUGUCUUUGAGAUGACGAAUACGAAGAUGGCGCAGAUGCAGGCCGAGGGAGGCCAGGUGCUGGGUGCGGUGGAGGAGAUGGAUGAGGAUGAGUAUGUGGAGGGCGAUGAGGAGGAUGAGGAAGGGGAAGAGGAGCAGCAGGAACAAGGGGACGAGGUGAAGGAGGAGGAGGCUUGAUUUGAUUUAUUUGGUCUGUCUGGCUUGUUAGAAUUUGGGCGGCGUUUUUUUGUAUUAUUAGAGAAAAGAAUGAAUGGUGCGCGUGCUAGUGUAGGAUGCCGAAUGCCUUUUACAUGUUUCUUUUGUAUCUGACUUGAUUUUGCAGUCAUGUGUGAUCUUUGCGAUGUGUAAGUUUAUCCUAUAACUAUUCGUAUAUUUUAUUCAAGGUAGUAUUUCUAUAGCAAGUAUUUUUUUCCAGGGAU